AGGCAGAGAGAGGGAGGGAAAGAGAGAGAGAGAGAGAGAGAGACGGGCAGGUGGAAGGUGCAGACGGAGAGGGUGAAGUCAAAGCGAAAAGGAAAACAAGAUGAAGGCAGAGGAGCCGAGGGAGGACGAACGAUAGAGAGCAGAGAGCUACCUACCACGCCAGGAGAGAGGGAGGAGAGAAAGACUUCCUCACGCGUACCAGCAGAGAAGAGAGAGUGAGAGAGAAGAGAACAGAGCGAGCAAGAGCUGGAGAGGAAGGAAGCCACACUCCGGCACUGCCAGUGUGAACGUGACGAACGAGGGAGAGAGACGGAGAGGGAGAGGGAGCGCAGGAAGGAGAACACAAGAUACCGUGGGGAAGUGGUGGGACCCGGAAGACAAGGGCAGAAGUGGAAAGGGACGAGCGUGGACGGAGGAGAGAGAGAGAGAAAGGGGAGAGUAGGGAAGGUGAUGGAGGUGUGGAGAGAGAGAGCAAACUCUGUUCCUGUUCAGUCUGACAUCGAGAGGACAGGAGCUGAGCAUAGCACAGCCGGGGCUCAACACAGCGUGUAGGUGUGUGGGUGUGUGUGUCAGACAGGGUGUGAUGGAUCCCGGUUCUGUGUCAGUGUGUUUGCAGAGACAGACUGUGCGGUACAGGAACUCUCCAGCCAGGCACACUGUCUGCCGUCUACAUGCUUAGAACAGAUAUGAGAGUGUGUGAAGGGGUUAAAGUGUGUGUGUGCUUCGAGACAGAAGGAGCAGGUGUGUGUGUUUGAGAGAGAGGCAGCUUUUGGGGCGUCGCUGACAGGGCAAGAGCUCUAGUGAAGGAAGAGGAGAGGACGAGAAUACGAGAGAGAACCUCAAGAAAAUCAUACGUGAGUGCAAAGACAAACGUCUGUCCAUUUACCUCAGGUCGAGUCAGAGUUAAGGUCAGAGUUAGGAGUCAGGGAGAACUGCCAUGGGUACCCAUUGAUUUGCCCACAGGGAAAUCCUCCCCUGCGCCCCUCUCACCCCCCAGACCUGGACACAGCAUCUCUCUCUUCCUGCCUCGGACUCCUCACUUCUUCUCUGGCGGACCAGCAUUGGGUGGCGAGAGGCUGAGGAUAGGAAGUGGUCCGCCCUGAUUUCCUGUGUUUGGUGGAUGCCGGCGAGGUCCAGCCAUGGGAGAGUGGACCAUUCUGGAGCGCCUCCUAGAGGCUGCUGUUCAGCAGCACUCUACCAUGAUAGGAAGAAUCUUGCUGACCGUGGUGGUGAUAUUCCGUAUCUUGAUCGUGGCCAUCGUCGGUGAGACCGUUUACGAGGACGAGCAGGCCAUGUUCAUCUGCAACACCAUGCAGCCCGGCUGCAACCAGGCCUGCUAUGACAAGGCCUUCCCCAUCUCUCACAUCCGCUACUGGGUGUUCCAGAUCAUCCUGGUGUGCACGCCCAGCCUCUGCUUCAUCACCUACUCCGUGCACCAGUCUGCCAAGCAGCGCGACCGCCGCUACUCCUUCCUGUACCCGCUGCUGGACAGGGACUACGGCGGGCAGGGCGGAGCCCGGAAGCUGCGGAACAUCAACGGGAUCCUGGUCCAGCAUGGAGACAGUGGGCGGGAGAAGGAGGAGCCAGAAUGUCUGGAGGUGAAGGAGAUACCAAACGCACCGCGAGGGCUUACGCACGCCAAGAACAAGGUGCGUCGUCAGGAAGGUAUUUCCCGGUUCUACAUCAUCCAGGUAGUGUUCCGGAACGCUCUGGAGAUUGGCUUCCUGGCCGGACAGUACUUCCUGUAUGGCUUCAGCGUUCCGGGGAUCUUCGAGUGCGACCGCUACCCCUGCCUGAAGGAGGUGGAGUGCUACGUGUCUCGGCCCACGGAGAAGACCGUGUUCCUGGUCUUCAUGUUCGCGGUCAGUGGCAUCUGUGUCCUGCUGAACCUGGCUGAGCUCAACCACCUGGGCUGGAAGAAGAUCAAGGCGGCCGUGCGUGGUGUGCAAGCUCGCAGGAAGUCCAUCUGUGAGAUUAGGAAGAAGGAUAUGUCCCACCUGUCACAGCCCCCCAAUAUGGGGCGAACCCAGUCCAGCGAAUCAGCCUAUGUCUGAGUUGAUGGACGGGGUCUUUUUUGAAAAGGUGGGAGGGGCACAUUUCGGGUGGGAGGAGAGGGGAUGAGGGGAGGACCAUCAUGAGAGGACAUUCUACCAGUCUAAUGACUCAGGGAUGUUUGAUCAUGAGGAAGAAGAGGAGAGAUGUUGUUAAACACCUCCCGCAGAAUUUGUGAUUGAAUUGUUUAUUUUUUACCAUGCAAAUGUCUCCUUUUGUUGUCAUAGACAUGGAAGAGCUUUAACACUCAAACUUUUCCAAAGGGCUUAGUCUGGGACUGGAGGACAGGAAGAACUGUUUCUUAGUCUGGGACUGGAAGUUUCUUGUUGGAAGAGGAAGUUGUUUUUGGUUCAGGGUGGGAAGGGGGGGGGGGGGUAUCCCAUGGUGCUUUUCUUCUGAACUUUGUCCCCCCUGGUGAGAAGAGCCAGGUUUGGAGGAGUGGAGAGAUGGAAGAGAGGGGACAGGUGUUGUUAACCGAGGAGAGGAAGAGCUGUCACCAACAUAAUGAACUCAGAGAGAUCAGCUGACAGGAGCGGCCUGGUGCUGGGGAGGAAUAGAGGAGUAGGAGACAGAGAGAAAAAAGGGACAGAGGGAGAGAAAGAGGAAGAAAGGAAACUGAAACGGAGGGAGAAAUCUCCCCUGGAAGAGAGCAGAGUCAAGACAACGGGCCUGUCCAGCAGCAAUCUGGAGGAGUCUGAGAAGUGUCACCUCCCUGUCACCAUGGGAGACAAAGCCAAAACCAGACGCCUACCAGUGUUUACCUCUGGUCUCCUGGCUGAGCAGCAACUUAACACUAACACACAGACAACAUACUGUAAACACUCUCCGCUCUCCUCCUCUCUCCUCCGCCCUCUCUCUCCCUCUCUGCGCUGGCAGCUCGCUGCCUUGUGAGCACAUUAAUGUCCUCCGCUCCUCUCGUCAGCAUAAACUAGCGAGAGAGCAGCGGACAGCUACAUAAACUAUACCCUCUUCAACACUGAACACUUUUCUCUCAUACCCCCCACACCUGAGAGCAUUCCAAUGUGUUAACCUUUGUGUGUGUGUGUGUGUGUGUGCGUGUGCGUGUGUGUGUGUGCAACUGAGAGUGAAAGAAAAAGAAAUAUGAUGAAAGAAGGAGGGAGAUUAAGAAAAAAGAAAGAAAGAAAGAAUGAACGUGAGAGAAAUAUCUAAAGAGGGAGGGAGAGAGAGAUGACUCUCCUCCUUGCUAAAGCUGGUGGUGGAACAGAUCACUUUAUUACUAUUGAUUUUAACUUUUAUAACUAUAUAAUACUGAGUUACGAUCUAUUAUUAUUUUUGUGACAGAGUUGGUGCCAUCCUUUUGGAUUUAUAAUGUUUGAAUGUUAAACUGUAUAUUAUUUAAUCAUUUAGUUAGAGAGUUUAUCUUAAUAGAGUUUGUCUUCAUGGAGAGGCAAUGGAGAACUAGGUUGAAUGUUAUGUACAAAUCCUCUGUCUGUUUUUAUUUCUUUUUCUGUUGAUUUCAUGUUUCUUUCUGAGGGAACUGCAUCAUUUGUGGGUGGGACUGGGACUGUCUGAACCACUGUUUUGGGUAUGUUCAGUUUCUGUCCGGUCAUUUCAGGAUGUACUGUAGAUGUAGUAUGUAUAUGUAAUCAAAAUUGUAGUAUAACAAAUGUAAUAGGGACAUUUAUCAAUAAAUGCCAUAUUAUUAAAAUAAUACAUUAAUAAGGAAGGUUUCAGGAAUAGUUUAACUAAUUUCCUAAUUUGACUUGAACAGAAAAUGAGCAGACCUGAGGCCAAGUUCUGAGGGGUUUAAAAGGCAUGUUUACGAAGCUGUGUGUUUGUAAAAGGAUCCAGUUGUUUUCUGGUCAUGUGACUCUCCACAUCAUCUAACUGGUGUGAUUAAUCUGCAUCUCUCGUAUGGCGAUACGCAUGCAUGCCUUCUACUGACAUGAGAAGAAAAGAGAAAAGAUUACUAAGGAAGGAGACAUAUGUGUUUGCACCUUGAUCCAUGCAGACAGUGGGGAGAGUGGAAGACAUGUGAAGAAGCUCACAGAGGGAGGUUAGGCACCAAACCUUACAAACUAGACUGAACACACACGCACAUGCACAGAGAGACAGGGAGAGAGACAAAGACAGAGAGAGACAGCGAUAAAAAGAGAGAGAGACCUUUAUCGUGGUUCUGCCUGAGUGGAAGUGCUUGGAGCAGCAUAUUCUCUCUUCAUCUGCAUUCAGCCUUGGACUGGAGGUCACAGAGAGAGGAGGGGUUGGAAGGAAGAGAGAGGAGAGGAAAGGAGAGAAGGGAGAAUAAGGGGAGAAAGGAAAAAGUAGGGAAGCAGAGGAGCCCUGAAAGGACACAUUCAUUGGCCUCAACAGUGUUUUUGCUUAUUAUGCCUGUCUGCAGGCUGACAACGGACAAGGCCAUCAAUUCUCUCAGAGAGGAACCACACGUCUCAGGAUCCACCUCACUACUGUAGCUCAGAGCCAGAGGGAACUAGGCAUUAGGACAGGAAGUACCUGAGGAGACACAGGAGGCUCUAACGAGCUGGCGUUGUGUUAGACAGCGGAAGGAAACGGUCAGAGAUGUAAAUACAGCGACAAAACAUGUUAGACAGAUGCUUCACUGGGAUGCAGAUCGGGGCCCGGGUCCAAAACAAAGUCCUGACAAAUAGCAUCAGUCAGUCUUGGAGAAACCAGGCUGACAGAGAAAAUACCAACCAGAGAUACAUCACUGGUGGUUCAGACUUUGGCCUCUCUCUCCUUCUCUAGUCUCUCUCUCUCUUCUGCUCUGGUCUUUCUCUCUCUCUCCUGCUCUGGUCUCUCUUGUUCUGGUCUCUCUCGUCUGUGAUGUGAGGCCUUAGGGAUGCCAUCACAUGUUCCCCCCCAGCAGUGUAGCAGAGGUGGUUUUGGGGGCUCAAACCUUUCCGUUUAGAUCUAAAGUCUGUCCUCCUAGUCUAACUGUCGUAUGCUGAAAUCUCAGGCUUGGAAGGUGCAUGACAGGGGCUUACAGCAACAUUAUCAGUAUCAGUGAGUCUUUAGAAGAGGCUUUUUCACGCUCUCUCUCUCUAUAUGUGUGGGUUCGGGAGAGCAGUAUUUCCCAAAGUGACAACUUCACAUGAUGUAAACAGUCUUCUUACCGUCUGGUAUCUUACUGUCAGUGUUUAAAUUAUGCAAUUUUGUUCUUUUUUUUUCAUCAGUUUUAUCUUUUUGGCUUGUGAAUUUUUUGUCUGUUACUCUGUUUUGGUACAGUGAUGUAACUGAAGGACAUAUCUCUUUUUUCUAUUUCUACUAGAACAAAAACAUUUUUCAAUGUGCAAGGUAGCUUAGGGAAAGUGGAAAUAUGUUAUAUUUCUUCUUUUGCCAAAGUGAAAUGCAAAAAUGAACUUGAGGUUUCAAAAAACUCUUUUUUUAACGCAUGUUUAAUGGUUAGACUAAGCAUGUUUCUACCUUUUCUUAAAUGCUAAAUCUUAAGAUUAAGAUGUUUUUUUAGUCCAAAUGAAGGAGAUAAGCUAUGAAGUCUUGAUGCCAAGUGUCUCUAAUACUCUUUAAUAUCCAGUCUGUACAACUCUAUAACCAGCCUGUAAACCCAGCCAGCCAGUACUGACUGCCAUCUACGUCCUUAGCAACAGGAGAACACAGGGUUUAACCUACUCUUACAUUGACAAAUGUUUUUAUACUUUGUGAAAAAUCUGCCAAUUAAAGUUAGGUCAAUCAUAAUGUUGUAAACCACAAUUAUAACUAAACCCAGCCGGUGAGUCCCUCUGACUCCACAGUUCUAAUACUGUAUUUAUUUUAACAAUUCAAGGUUUAAUUCAACGGCUAGCUGUAAAUCCCACUGGUUGUGUGAGCUGCUUUGAAGGUUACUUGCCCGACAGCACACCGGACAAUUCAUUCGCUCGGAUUAAUUAACCGGUUAAGACGGUGAUUACGUUGUUGAUGACUCCCUGAGCUGAUGAUGACAGUUGAGCGUGUGCUGCCCACCUGUCCCAGUUAGACACCUCAGGGCCUCGGCUGCUCCUCAACAAACUAUCUUUUAUAUAACCAUGUCUGUGACGAUCCAGCUGGUGUUUUAUAUCAGGAUCCUUGUCUAACCCAGGAAGCACAUCACAACCCUGGUGCUGUACAAGGGUAGGCACUAGUGUGGGGCAAUUAUGAGAAGAGGGUAAUGUAGUUUUACAACAUGUUGACUACACAUCUCAUCUCAGUUUGACUAGUUUCUGACUUGUUCCUGCAUGCAAAACAUGUUGUGUGUAAGUCAGCCAUCUUGGGUUGGCCAUCUUGGGGGUCGGCCAUCUUGGGGGUCGGCCAUAUUGGGUCGGCCAUCUUGGGUCGGCCAUCUUGGGUCAGCCAUCGCGACAAAUCUGAGAGAAGCAGAAAGUCUGUUGGAUAGAGGGAGCACACCCAUCAGGACAAAGCUAACAGACUCACAGCAGACGUCUUGAGAGAUGAAAGACAUCCCUUUAAUGUUGCAGAGUCAAGUCACAAGCUCAUCACAGUGCUCUGCUCCUGUGACAGAGAUAUGACUUCACUCUCAACAUGCUGGUGCUAAUGGGACAGAUGUGGAGAUUAAACUCUUCCUCAGGAACCUGACAUAUAGAGUCACUUCAUGUAUCCUCCUUAUGAUGUCACUGGGCUUUCAUGAUGGCAGACGCUAAUCUAUAUUCCCAUUUGUCAAAAAAAGUUCGAUAUUUGCUUUGGUAGUACACAAGGAAGUUGUCAUUCUAUGUGAGUCUCCCAUCCUUUAAGGGCUUAAACCUUGUUACUGACUAAAGAGCCAUACAUAUGAAGAAAAAGCAUAAUGAUUCAAUUUGUAAGAAUUUGUAUUUGACACCCAACACAUUUCUUUUGUAUCUAAAAAAAUAUUUUCUAACAUGAAAGGAAGCUCCAACUGUCCAUUAAUAACAAAACCAGGAAGACCACACUGCCCUUAAUGACACAGUUGCGUUUGGCUCUGCAGGGCUGAUGGUGUGCUUAUAUAUGAAUACACAUCUGUAGGAUUCUAGGCUGUAAUCUGGAUUACACAUAGUAGUGUUUAUAGUAUGUAGUACAUACUAAAAUUACACACAUUAGUGUUUAUGAGGGUCAAUCUGCUACCCAUUGAUCUCUUCUGAUGAGUAAUCAGGUCAGAUCAUUGGAGACCUGUCUAGGAGGAGAGGAGAGGAGAGGAGGAGAGGAGGAGGAGAGGGAAAAUGUGUGAAGUCAGUUCAUGUCAGUUUAUACCUCGCAGUCAGAAAAUAAAGAAGGAGCUCAACCGUGCUUGGUUCGAGAACACCUUUGACCGUUUUCCCCAAAGAGAACUCUGGGUGGGGUUGCUAGGGAGACGGUGAUUAAAGAUAAGAUCUGGAACGUGAUAGGUUAAAGACAGUGGAGGAGGUUGAGGUUGAUCCUACAGUAUAGCUGUCUUCAUGGCAACCGGCAGGUCUCUAUACGGAGUCACAUUAGUGCUGUGUGGUCGUUCCGUCCACUGUAUGGGUUAUUAUGGGAUCCAAACAGACGUGGUGUUGCACUAGUAUCACUGCUCAACAUAGCUUCAGCAUCUCCAACAUCUACAAGGAUGUCAAAAGAAUAAUGCAAGAGAAAAAAAAUGUCAUUUUGUCCUUUUGAAAAAUAAUCUGUUGUUUUGGCAGAUUUGGUUUUUAUAUCUGACCUUAUUUGAAGGUUUCGUCUGUCCCUUUCUGACUGUGUACUGUAUGUAAAGACUGAAUAAACCUUGAAUGUUA